UCUGCCUGCUGGCACUUGGCAUCAGACAGGCGGUGAAGCGCAGCGUUUAACACUCAAAGUCUGACAUUUCCGAAUCAGAAAAAUGAGCCGAAGUUAUAACGAUGAGCUGCAGUACAUGGAUAAAGUCACCAGCAACUGCUGGAGGAUUAAAAAGGGAUUUGUUCCCAACAUGCAGGUUGAAGGGAUUUUCUAUGUCAAUGAUUCUCUGGAGAAACUGAUGUUUGAGGAGCUUCGUAACGCCUGUCGAGGAGGAGGUGUGGGAGGUUUCCUUCCGGCCAUGAAGCAAAUCGGGAACGUGGCGGCGCUGCCAGGGAUUGUACAUAGGUCCAUCGGUCUCCCUGAUGUCCACUCCGGAUAUGGAUUUGCUAUUGGAAACAUGGCUGCCUUCGACAUGAAUGACCCUGAUGCUGUGGUGUCUCCAGGUGGUGUUGGCUUUGACAUCAACUGUGGCGUCCGUCUGCUGAGGACGAACCUGGACGAACGCGACGUGCAGCCGGUGAAGGAGCAGCUGGCCCAGUCCCUGUUCAACCACAUCCCAGUGGGAGUCGGAUCCAAGGGAGUCAUUCCUAUGGGAGCCAAGGACCUGGAGGAGGCUCUGGAGAUGGGGGUGGACUGGUCUCUGAGGGAGGGCUACGCCUGGGCUGAGGAUAAGGAGCACUGUGAGGAGUACGGCAGGAUGCUGCAGGCCGACCCCAACAAGGUCUCCUCCAAGGCCAAGAAGAGAGGCUUGCCCCAGCUGGGAACUCUGGGAGCAGGAAAUCACUACGCUGAGAUCCAGGUGGUGGACGAGAUCUACAACGACUACGCCGCCAAGAAGAUGGGCAUUGACCACAAAGGUCAGGUGUGUGUGAUGAUCCACAGCGGCAGCAGAGGCCUCGGACACCAGGUCGCCACAGAUGCUCUGGUUGCCAUGGAGAAGGCGAUGAAAAGAGAUAAGAUCACGGUGAACGACCGUCAGCUCGCCUGCGCUCGCAUCACCUCACAGGAAGGUCAGGACUACCUGAAGGGCAUGGCUGCUGCAGGAAACUACGCCUGGGUCAACCGCUCGUCCAUGACCUUCCUCACCAGACAGGCCUUCUCUGAAGUGUUCAGCACCACACCGGACGACCUGGACAUGCACGUCAUCUACGACGUCUCUCACAACAUCGCUAAAGUGGAGGAGCACAUGGUGGACGGGAAGCAGAGGACACUGCUGGUUCACCGCAAAGGAUCCACCCGAGCUUUCCCCCCACACCACCCACUCAUCCCCGUAGACUACCAGCUCACAGGUCAGCCCGUGUUGAUCGGAGGGACGAUGGGAACCUGCAGUUACGUCCUCACAGGGACAGAACAGGGAAUGACGGAAACCUUCGGUACCACCUGUCACGGAGCGGGUCGCGCUCUCUCUCGAGCAAAGUCCCGCAGGAACCUGGACUUCCAGGACGUCCUGGACAAACUGGCCGACAUGGGCAUCGCCAUCAGAGUGGCCUCACCCAAACUGGUCAUGGAGGAGGCUCCUGAAUCGUACAAAAACGUGACGGACGUCGUCAACACGUGUCACGACGCUGGAAUCAGUAAGAAGGCGAUCAAACUGAGGCCGAUCGCUGUGAUUAAAGGCUGAAGCUGCACGGCUCAGCACUCAGAGACAAUUAGAAACACAGGAGACUAAACGCAGAGAACAGCAGAGGAUAUUUGUUCUUUUUUUUUUUUUUUUGGAGAACAAAGUGAGUUUAUGUUGAAGAGGAAAAACCUGACUGGAAGUUUCAUUUCUGACUGGAAUCAUUUUUUUUCUGUUCAUGCCAAAUCUGCGGUGCAAAUAAAGAUGACCGCUGAAAAGUAAAUUUCAUAUUCUCCAUUACAGUUCAGAAACAGCUGUUUCAAAUUAAAAGCUGUCUGAAAGUGGACACAGUUGAAGCUGCAGCUUCAGGCUUCACCUGCUCGAGUCAGUGGAAAACAUUCAUGCUGUUUUCUACUGUGCUGUCAGUGAAAUACAUCUCAGAGUUUCACAUUAAAAGCCUUCCAUCAGCUCAGAGAGUAAAAUCUCUCCCUUUUAAUGUGAAACAUCUGCAGGAAGUGUCGAAUUUAACUCACAACAGCUUAUGAAAGAAAAAUGCAGAAUAUCAUGAGGCACAUUUUUCUCGAUGAGGAAACUCUUUAUUGGUUCUAACAGAAGGUUCAUCACCAUAUCAAAAAAAAUAAAUCAACAUUUAACCAUCGAUGAACAAAUUCAUUCAUUUGGCAAGUUUUUCUUAGACAUGAGCAAACCUCAGUGAAAUGAACGAAUGAGCAUCACUGCUAAGUGAUUUUAGCAGUGGAAACAGUACAGUGUGUGUGUGUGUGUGUGUGUGUGGGGGGGGGGGCCCGGCUGCCUGGGUGUCUAAGAGAAGCUUCUGUACAGUCAUUUAAAGAGCGUUAGAGUUUUUACAUCUCGUCGUCUCACGCCGAUCAGUCGCGGCUCCUUCGCAGCUUUGCAUGAUCAAUUUGUUGAUCAUCCCGAAUUGUCACAAAAGCCUAAAUAUAAAAUUCACUGAGCUGCUUCUGUACAUUGAUGUUUUAACACCAGCUGUGCGUUAGUGAGUCCUAUGAGGGACUUUGUGUUUCUAUGGAAGCUCAUUUGUGCCAAAAGGAUAAAAACAUGAUGAGAAUGACAAAAAUGAAAAAAAAUCAAAGUUUGAGAUGCUAAGUGAAAAAUAUCACUAAGAACACUCACAGCAAGAAGAACUUCUGAGUCAGUGAAACUAAAACGUGAAGUUUAAAAAAGUAAUUACAGGGUCAAAAUUAUUUUCAAAAAAAUUCAUCACUGCAAGUCAUUAUGAGAAGAACCAAAACGUUUUAGCCGCAAUGAGGCGACAUCCACUCAAAGGUCUGUUAAGUCACAGUUAUGAGAUUUUAAGUUAAACAGUCCAUUUUCACUCAUUUUACUAAGUCAAGUCAGAAGUUUCACUUUUUAAGCCUCAGUUAUGAGAUUUGAGGUCAAAGUUAUAAAUAAAAAUCAUGAUUUAUAAAAAAAAAAAAAAAAGCUCAUUCAAAUCUAAUACUUCAAACUC